UGGUGGAGAGGGGUGGAGGACACUGAGUGGAGGCCAGUGGAGGGAUUGGCAGAGAGGGAUGGAGGACAGUGAAUGGAAGCCAGUGGAGGGAUUGGCAAAGAGGGAUGGAGGACACUGAGUGGAGGGAUUGGCAGAGAGGGGUAGAGGACACUGAGUGGAGGGAUUGGCAGAGAGGGGUGGAGGACACUGAAUGGAGGCCAGUGAAGGGAUUGGCAAAGAGGGGUGGAGGACACUGAAUGGAGGCCAGUGGAGGGAUUGGCAGAGAGGGGUGGAGGACACUGAAUGGAGGCCAAUGGAGGGAUUGGCAGAGAGGGGUGGAGGACACUGAAUGGAGGCCA